UGCUAUUGGCCCGCUGAGCUAAACGACAGAGGGGCCGGACCCGGCUGGGAGUGUGCAUGUGAGCAUCAGGGUGGGUGUCUGUUUACCAAACACUCAAAGGCCUCUGCUGUCGUAGGUGAUCUCUCCAUCUCACUUUGACUCCGCGUCAUCCCUGUCACGUUUCUGCGACUGACCGAGGGUGAAAAUUGAAGCCAGGGUUUUAAAAUAAUCGUCUGUUGAGGAGAAAGAAUGGAGGUGAUGCAGGUGGUGAGGGAGCAGAUCACCAGGACUCUGUCGAGUAAGCCGACCUCCUUGGAGCUCUUCAAGAACAAAGUUAACGCUCUCAACUACAGCGAGAUCCUCAAACUGCGGCAGACGGAACGACUGCACCAGGAAGAGACUCUGGCUCCACCUGUGCUUGAACUCAAAGAGCGGCUGAAGCCGGAGCUGCUCGAGUUGAUCCGGCAGCAGAGACUCAACAGGCUGUGUCAGGGCACGAUGUUCAGGAAGAUCAGCAGCCGACGCAGACAGGAUAAACUGUGGUACUGUCGCUUGUCGCCCAAUCACAAAAUGCUUCACUACGGCGAUGUGGAGGAAGACACGGAAAAUCCACCAAUAGAAACACUGCAGGAGAAGAUUCCAGUCGCAGAUAUCAAAGGCUUGCUGACGGGUAAAGACUGUCCUCACAUGAAGGAGAACAAAGGCAAACAGAAUAAGGAGGUCCUCGAUCUGGCAUUCAGCAUCACGUACGACGUAGAGGAGUACAGCCUGAACUUCAUCGCCCCGUCCAGAACCGACUUCUGCCUGUGGACGGACGGACUGAGCGUGCUCCUCGGCCGGGAGAUGAGCAGCGAAUCGAUGCGGAGUGAGCUGGAGAUCCUCCUGUCUAUGGAGAUUAAGCUCCGCCUCCUAGAUCUGGAGAACGUUCCCAUACCCGACAACGCUCCGGUCGUUCCCAAACCUCCGAGCAACUUCAACUUCUGCUACGACUUCAGCCAGACGGAACAAUGAGCGCGCACGUGUGAAUGUGUAAAUAUGUGUGUGUGAAACGAGACGUUUGUGUGGGCUGAGCUGUGCGUGCACGCGCUUAUCAUCUUAAUCACUGAUUUAUAACUUUGACGCUUGAGUUUUCUUAUGGAUAUUUUAAACAUCCAAGUGAAACGAGGAACAGAAGCAGGAAAAAGGUUGAGACUCCGUCAGUGUUUGUGUGAAUCGCAGUGUGAUGCACGUCUGUUCCUCCCUGCACUGAAACCUUCACACAGGUACUGAGGAAAAUGUAAUUCAAUACUUUUUAAUAUAACCACUCAAGUAAUGGUACUUUACACUUGUUUUACAAUCAUUUUAUAUUUUUGAAUUAUCUAAAUGUGUGUGAGGAAUACUCGCGUGGAAAGGCUGUGUUUUUUUUUUUUUUUUUUUUAAAGAGGGCAUUAACUACAACAUCGUGCUUUCUCACAACACGGUACGUCAUUUAUUCUCCAGCACAUCAAAGACAUACAGCAGGUGUUCGUAGCUUCAUGCACCUGCAGGCACUCGUCUUCAUAUGGAUUUCAGCAGAGAUGCAUUAAAUGAUUUUUAAUCUUUGUUGCAAACAGGCACAUGUCCCUCUGUCACAAUCACACGGUACCACAUGCAUUGGAUGACUUUUGGCUUUUUGGAUCAAAUUUCAUUGUAACUUUAAAACUGAUGCUUUUUGUCCGUUUUAUAAUGUGAGCACUCAGUGGCGCCACCUGGAGGAGCUACUGGGGAACUGACAGCUUUCAUUUUCAGUCUUUUCUGUAAGGGGAUUGAUUUCAUUUCAGCACAGCUGUCCUCCACACUGACACACUGACCUCUGGGAUAAUGUCCACGUUGAAUCAUGUGCUUUGAUUUAAUUCACAUGAAUAAAAAAAUUUGAUUUAUACAGCAAAAAAAACAAACUUUGGUUUAUUUAUAAAAGACACCUUUGCACACUUUGGUCUAUGAUGAGUACUCCCUCUGUCUCAGUGCUACAACAGCGCACACAGUGGGCUGGAGUGGAAAUGAAACUUGCUAGUUUUGGCAUGAUGCUCCCUUUCCAAGAACAUCUGACACUGUAUCAUAUUUAAAAUCAACUCUGGCAGUUUUUUGAAAAGCAAUUAGUGAUUAAAACCCUGAUUUGCUUUGUUUUAAUUUAAAAGAUGAAGUUGGGGAAAUGUUUUCACUCCACAGCUCUUUCCUGCUUUAGCAGCAUCAAAGUGUCCCAUCCUACAUCCUGCUUUUAACAACAUCACUGAGCAAACAAGCAAAGACUGCCAGCAUUAGAAACAAUAAAGGAAAUGGAGUGUCGCUGGCAUCAGUAGUCUACAACAAUCUCUAUAAUCAACAACUCAUGUUCUACGUCUGUGACAGCAAUAUUUCAUUUAAAAGCACCUCAAAGAAUUUAAAUAUAAAGAUCUCGUUCUUCAAACAGUAAAUACAUAUGAAAUACUGACUACUUUCUUCCUCCUGUGGUGCUCGUGUGUUGCCGUCUUCUCCUUCCUUUGAUGAAAUCUUUAAAAAUAACAUUUGGUCCAAACUGGUGAUUCCUACUCCACACAAAGGAGCAGAUAUUUACUCAAGAGAUGACAUAAUUAGGUCCUGCUGUAAACUUUAAAGUAUUUUUUCCUCUCUUGUACAAAAUAUUGACAUGUGCAAAAAGCUCAGCUGAGAGCAGACUAUGGUCAAAGUCCCAGCAGCC